ACCCUCCCCACUCUCUUCCCUCUUUCUGUCUAAUGAAUCAACCCUCCCCACUCUCUUCCCUCUUUCUGUCUAAUGAAUCAACCCUCCCCACUCUCUUCCCUAUGUCGCUCCUCUUUUCUCAGCGUCUUUUUGUGAGUCAUCCCGUCAUCCCCUCCCCCUUCUGUCACACAUUUGACCCCCACCCUCUGUUUUCCUCCUCUGCUCUCCCCCUCUCUCUUUCUCCCCCUCCCUCUCUCUGUUUCUCUCCUUCUCUCAUCCGUCUCCAGUAUUUUCUGGCUUUCUCUAUUAGGCGGAAACACACAAACGGCAGGAUGUCGAUUGUCAGCAUCGUUGCGAGGGAGAUCCUAGACUCCCGGGGAAACCCCACUGUGGAGGUGGACCUGUGCACAGAGAAAGGUCUUUUCAGGGCUGCAGUGCCCAGUGGAGCGUCCACAGGCAUCUAUGAGGCUCUAGAGCUGAGGGAUGGAGACAAGAGCCGCUACAGGGGCAAAGGUGUGCUCAAGGCAGUGGGCCACAUCAAUGACACUCUGGCUCCUGCUCUCAUAGCAUCGGGUAUCAGUGUUGUGGAGCAGGAGCAACUGGACAACACAAUGAUUCAAAUGGACGGCACAGAGAACAAGUCUCAGUUUGGCGCUAAUGCUAUCCUGGGAGUCUCCCUGGCCAUUUGCAAGGCUGGUGCAGCAGAAAAAGAGGUCCCCCUGUACCGUCACAUCGCUGACCUGGCAGGAAACACAGAGCUGGUGCUGCCAGUUCCAGCGUUCAACGUGAUCAACGGAGGCUCCCACGCGGGCAACAAGCUAGCCAUGCAGGAGUUCAUGGUACUUCCUGUCGGGGCGGAGUCUUUCAGGGACGCGCUUCGGGUGGGCUCCGAGCUGUACCACACGCUCAGGGGGGUGAUCCAGGAGAAGUACGGCCAGGACGCUACCAACGUGGGCGACGAGGGGGGGUUCGCCCCCAAUAUCCUGGAGAACAGUGAGGCGUUGGAGCUGAUAAAGACAGCCAUCGAGAAAGCGGGCUUCACAGAUAAGGUGGUGAUCGGGAUGGAUGUGGCGGCGUCCGAGUUCUACCGCGAGGGGAAGUACGACCUGGACUUCAAGUCUACUCCGGACUCUGACAGGCACAUCAGCGGAGAGGAGCUGUCAGACAUCUACCAAGGCUUCGUUAACGACUACCCAGUGGUGUCCAUAGAGGACCCGUUUGAUCAGGAUGACUGGGCCGCCUGGUCCCGCCUCACGGCUUCCGUGGGCAUCCAGGUUGUCGGGGACGACCUGACGGUGACCAAUCCCAAGAGGAUAGAGAAGGCUGCCGAGAAGCGGGCCUGCAACUGCCUACUGCUCAAAGUCAACCAGAUCGGCUCUGUCAGUGAAGCCAUCCAGGCGUGUAAGCUAGCCCAGGCCAAUGGCUGGGGGGUGAUGGUCAGUCACCGUUCAGGAGAGACAGAGGACACUUUCAUCGCUGACCUGGUGGUGGGGCUCUGCACUGGACAGAUUAAGACAGGAGCCCCAUGUAGAUCUGAAAGGCUGGCCAAGUACAACCAGCUCAUGAGGAUCGAGGAGGAGUUGGGGGAUCAAGCUCGCUUUGCAGGCUAUAACUUCAGAAACCCCACUGCCCUGUGAGACCAGACAGACACAUCGCCGCCAACCAGAUGCACAGUUACUUUGAGACACAAAGACAGAUGGACAGAUUAAGAUAUAAAGAGACCGACCGACACACACAAACGUGCACAUAGACACACAAGUGUAGAUAUGAAGCCUGAAGGGCACCUAAGAAAGACGGGUAUGAGCGUCAAAAAGAAAAUGAAACACACAGCACUGUAUACAAAAAAAGCAGCACUCCGACUGAUGGCUGACAAGGACACACUAACUACAGGCUGACUGAGAAUAAAAAGAACACACAUUGUAUUUUGCAGUUGUUUGCUCUCAUUCACCCAAUGACGACACAAAACUGCACUCUCCCUCUUUCGUCCUCUUCUCCACUUUCCUUUCCUGGCUCUGCAGUCAUCCCUCGUUUUUGUUUCUUGGUUACUUCAAAAGGCUCUCCUGGUGUUGCUAUGUUUGCAGGAAUUGGCUUGUUCCUCCAUGCUUGUCCCUGUUUCCUCUUUGUCUACUUUCCUUUGGUUACUCUGGCAACAAAAUUGCUGUGUUGAAAGACAGAAUGCCUGUCAUGAAAGGACAUAUGUGAAAUAAAAUGGUCAUUUACAGUUUCAACCA